AUGGCACCAGACAGAGGCGCAACACACAGUCCCGACUACCACCCCAUCCCCCCACCCCCGAACGCCCAAGACGAUGACGACGGCUACAUCACCACACAAAGCGGCCACAACAAUCAAGAAACCUCCGCAGUAAGAGAUGGUCAACGCCGCCGUAGCGACGCUCGCCGCUUCAUUGCCCGCCACGCGAACGAGGGCCAGAACUUCACCCUCCGCGGCAUCCUCGUCGGCCUCGGCGUCGGCCUCAUAAUCUGCUUCUCCAAUAUGUACUUUGGCUUGCAGACCGGCUGGAUCUCCAGCAUGAGCAUGCCCUCUUCGCUCAUCGGCUUUGCGUUCUUCAAGACCUUUGCCAAACACCUCGAUUUGCCGUUCACGCCUGUUGAGAAUGUACUGGUGCAGAGCGUGGCUGGUUCGAUGGGGACGAUGCCUUUGGGUUGCGGAUUUGUUGGGGUCAUGCCUGCGAUGAAUUAUCUGCUGGGAAAUGAAGAGUCGGGGCCGAUAUUUUUGGGAUUGGGAAAUCUGAUACUGUGGGCACUUGGACUGGCAUUCUUUGGGGUGGUGUUCGCUGUGCCGUUGCGCAGGCAGGUUAUCAUUAGGGAGAAGCUGAAGUUCCCCAGUGGUACGGCGACGGCGUUAAUGAUUGGGGUUUUGCAUGGAAAAGAGACGAUGGUCGCUGGGCCAGUUUCUACGCAAGACUCGAACUCGAGAGAUGAGUUGCCAGAUGCGGAUGUGGAGGAGGUUGACAAAAGUCAGAAGAGCAGUUGGAAAAAAAAGGUCAGAUUAUUGACCAUUUCGUUUGCGGCUUCUGGGAUAUAUACUCUUGCGACAUACUUUUUCCCGGUUUUGAGGAAUUUACCUGUCUUUGGGUUCACCUUGGCUGAGUCCUGGCUUUGGACAUUUAACCCAUCUCUGGCAUACGUUGGGCAAGGAAUCAUCAUGGGGUCAUCUACUACAACACAUAUGCUCGUUGGAGCAGUUGUGGGUUGGGGAAUUCUUUCACCCCUAGCCAAACACCGUGGUUGGGCACCAGGACCUGUAGAUGACUGGGAAUCUGGCAGCAAAGGUUGGAUUGUCUGGGUAUCACUGGCUAUUAUGCUGGCCGACUCGGUGAUCAGUCUGGGCUAUAUUGCUCUACGGCAUGUGGUGAUGAACAGCGGAGGAUUUAUGACUGAAGUUCGCCAAAGUAUUCGCAGGAGGGACUGGAAGGCUCUUUUCCAAAUUGGACUCAGCAAGCCCACUAGAGGUUAUACCGCCAUUACUGGGGAGGGUGAGGAUGCGCCCACUCCAUUGGCUGAAAACGGCCCAAAUUUGACUGGAUUCGCUACUACCGAGGAGAUCAAGGACCUCCCCGAGCCGGACGCACCUCCUGAGCACUUGGUGAACGACAGUACAUUCUGGGUAGGGCUCGUUCUCUCUAUCGUAUUCUGCGUCGCAAGUAUCCGAGUCGUUUUCGGCGCCCUUGUUCCUCUUUACGCUACCAUUAUAGCCGUCUUCAUGGCCCUGGCCCUCUCCAUUAUGGGCGUGCGAGCUUUAGGCGAAACAGAUCUUAACCCCGUCUCGGGAAUCAGCAAGCUUGCCCAACUCUUCUUCGCCCUCAUUAUCCCCCAAUCUAACAAGAACUCCGUGCUCGUCAACCUCAUCGCCGGCGCCGUCUCUGAAGCCGGCGCCUUGCAAGCAGGAGAUCUGAUGCAGGAUCUCAAAACUGGCCAUUUGGUUGGUGCUGCGCCAAACGCUCAGUUCUGGGGCCAGAUAGUAGGGAGUUCUGUGGGUGCCGUGGUUAGUGCGUUGAUUUACAAACUGUACACGAACGUAUAUGAAGUUCCUGGGGACUUGUUCCAAGUUCCUACUGGAUAUGUUUGGAUAUUUACUGCGAGGUUGGUCACUGGCAAGGGCCUGCCGUACAUGGCAGCGCAGUGGUCAUUUGGCGCCGCUGUCAUCUUCACGGUCAUCACGGUCGUGAGGGUUGUAGGUGCGGGCAAGAAAUGGCACCCCUAUAUUCCUGGGGGGAUUGCUGUUGCCGUCGGCAUGUACAACGUCCCCUCGUUCACUCUCGCAAGAGCCAUCGGAGGCUUCGUAAACUGGUAUUGGAAAUCUUACAAGCGGCGCGAUGAGACACCCAUCGUAGUUCUGGCCAGCGGCCUGAUCUUAGGCGAGGGCGUACUCAGCAUCAUAAAUCUGCUAUUAGCCAGCGCCAGCGUGCCGCAUGUUUGA